AUGGCCUUAUCUCUGGAAGAAUUCGUCCACUCCCUUGAUCUCAGGACCCUCCCCAGAGUCCUAGAAAUCCAGUCAGGCAUCUAUUUUGAAGGCUCCAUUUAUGAAAUGUUUGGAAAUGAAUGCUGUUUGUCAACGGGAGAAGUGAUUAAAAUUAUUGGUCUCAACAUUAAGAAGAUCAUAGCUGAAAUCUGUGAACACAUUGAAGAUUGUGAGCCCCCACAACCAUUUGAAUUGCCUAUGAAUUUUCCAGGUCUUUUUAAGAUCGUGGCUGAUAAAACUCCAUACGUUUCUCUGAAAGAAAUUACAAGAACCAUUCAUAUUGGACCAAGUCGACUGGGGCACCCUUGUUUCUAUCAUCAGAAGGAUAUAAAACUAGAGAAUCUUACCAUAAAGCAGGGUGAGCAGAUCGUGCUCAAUUCAGUUGAAGAGAUCAAUGGGGAAGUAAUGGUGAACUGCGCAGUAGUGAGGAAUCAUCAAAAUCACUCUUUUCCUUUGCCUUUGUCAAAAGAAGGUGAAUUUUAUGAGUGUGAAGAUGAACAUAUUUAUACCCUAAAGGAGAUUGUUGAAUGGAAGAUUCCCAGGAAUAGAACACGAAUUGUGAAACUUACAGAUAUUUCAAAUAAGUGGGAUUCAACAAAUCCAUUCCCUAAAGACUUUCGUGGUGCUCUGCUUCUCAAGCCAGUUUAUGAAAUUCAAGCUGUGAUGAAAUUCCGAAAGGAUAUAGUCCGCAUCCUCCCCAGUUUAGAUGUGGAAGUCAAAGAUAUUACUGACUCUUAUGAUACCAACUGGUUCCUUCAGCUGUUGUCUACAGAAGAUCUUUUUGAAAUGACCAGUAAAGAGUUCCCUAUGGUGGCUGAAGUCAUAGAAGCGCCUCAAGGAAAGAAGCUGCCUAGAAGCAUUUUACAGCCUGGGAAAACCAUUGUGAUCCACAAAAAGUACCAGGCGUCAAGGAUCUUAGCCUCAGAAAUUAGAAGCAAUUUUCCUAAAAGACACUUCUUGAUCCCCACGAGUUACAAAGGCAAAUUCAAGCGGCGACCUCGGGAGUUCCCAACAGCCUAUGACCUCCAGAUAGCAAAAAGUGAAAAGGAGCCUCUGCAUGUGGUGGCUACCAAAGCCUUCCAUCCCCUGCAUGGCCAGCUGUCAUCUGUGACUGUUGGGGACCAGUUUCUCGUGCAUCAGUCGGAUACGACCGAAGUCCUCUGUGAAGGAAUAGAAAAAGUAGUGAGUGUUCUGGCUUGUGAAAAAAUCCUCAAAAAGUCCUAUGAGGCAGCUCUGCUCCCUUUGUACAUGGAAGGAGGUUUUGUAGAAGUGAUUCACGAUAAGAAACAGUACCACAUUUCUGAGCUGUGUCAACAGUUCCGCUUGCCCUUCAAUGUGAAGGUAGCUAUGAGAGAUCUUUCCAUUGAAGAAGACGUGUUGGCUGCUACACCAGGACUGCAGUUGGAGGAAGAUAUCACUGACUCAUACCUAGUCAUCAGUGAGCUUGCCAGCCCCAAGGAAUGCUGGGAAAUUCCAGUUGCCCGCUUGAAUAUGACUGUUCAGUUAGUUAAUGAUUUGUCUAUAGACCCAGGAUCACUUUGUGUCAGGAGUGUGGUGGAAGAGAUUACUGAAGAACAAUAUUACAUGGUGCGGAGAUAUGAAAGCUCCCUCUUGCACCCCCCACCUCGUCCUCCCAAACAUCCCUCAGUGGAGGAGACAAAGUUGACUCUGUUAACUUUUGAUAAAGAAAGGACAAUGGAUCCGCCUAAGUCUCCCAAGAGACACUGUGUAGCAAUAUGUAAGAAACUUCACUCAAAUCAAGGUGGCCUGGAUUCAGGAGUACUAGCUGGUUGUCAGAGUCAUUUGACUGAUGUGGAGAGAGAGAAGAAGAAACAAGGGGCACCACAGUGUCAGGCAUCAAAACAGCAGCAUGUCUUUUUAAUACUUUCUGUUACAUUGGUUACUCUCUGUCAGUCCUCUGAGAGCACUGAGUGUGACUGGGGACCCUUCACCCCAGCUCCCCAGCUCCAAGCUGCUAGAUCCCAGUCUCCUGGUGCCUUGUUGAGAUGGGAGAUUUACAUUGUUAAGGAACUCUACAAAAUUCAUAAAAUCUCGACAAACGUAACAGAUAGUAAAACAGCCUUAGACUACCUCCUUGUCUUGGCAAAGGGCAUUUGUAUCAUGCUGCAUGAUCAGCUUAACAUAUCCAGUGAUGUGUGUGUCGGUAGUUUUAGACAAGUAAAAACUUGGGUGAAUCACACCUCAAAAGCAUUGGCCUGGGGAGAGACAUCCAACAACAGCUGCCACCAAAACAAAGAAAAACCUCGAUUUCGGUGCCUGCCAAGGGUGCUGUUUAUCAUCACCACACACUUGAGACCGGUCACAGGCAGCUCCAGCCAUCUGGCCUUCUACGUGACCUUGAGGCCAGAACCUGUUUUACUCCUCACUAAUCAAUGA